UCUGCACGCUUACAUUGUUGUCACCGCCAAAUUGUUUACAAUUUCGAUUGCUUGGUAUUUGAUAAUUAAAAGAAAAUUGUAAUUAAGCCUCAAAAAUGAGUGAAAAGCUAAAAGAGCUGCGGGAACGAUCUCAAAAGAGAAAGAAAUUGUUGGCGCAAACUCUUGGCGUAUCAAGUGUAAGUGAGCUCCGACAUGCCUUGGGAGCCACAUUAGACGUGCCGCCGAAGAAACAGGCGGUUCCCGGAGUAGGAAGCGAAGGAAGUGAUAAACCAACAACUAAAGAUCAACCUGACGAAUUAGUUUACACAGAUUCCUCGACUUUCUUAAAGGGUACACAAUCAUCAAACCCACACAAUGAUUACUGCCAGCACUUCGUGGACACCGGCCAGAGACCACAGAACUUCAUCCGUGAUGUUGGCCUGGCUGACAGGUUUGAGGAGUACCCCAAGCUGAGGGAGCUCAUCAAGCUCAAGGAUGAUUUGAUCGCACAGACAGCUACACCGCCUAUGUAUUUGAAGUGUGAUUUGAAGACAUUUGACCUGAAGCAGAUGAGCAACAAAUUCGACGUGAUCCUGGUGGAGCCACCGCUGGGCUCCGGCUGGCGCUGGCAGGAUGUGCUAGCCUUAGAUCUGCAGCAGAUUGCACAGGCUCGCUCUUUCAUAUUCCUGUGGUGUGGUAGUUCUGAAGGUUUAGACAUGGGCAGAGAAUGCCUCAAGAAAUGGGGCUUCCGUCGUUGUGAAGACAUUUGCUGGAUAAAGACCAACAUCAAGAACCCUGGACACUCCAAAAACUUGGAGCAUAAUGCUGUCUUCCAACGUACUAAAGAGCACUGUCUCAUGGGUAUCAAGGGAACCGUCCGAAGGUCGGUGGACGGAGACUUCAUACAUGCAAAUGUGGAUAUAGAUUUGAUCAUAUCUGAAGACCCUGAGUUUGGCAGCAGUGAGAAGCCUAUUGAGAUAUUCCAUAUUAUGGAGCAUUUCUGUUUGGGGAGGAGAAGAAUCCAUCUGUUCGGUCGUGACUCCACCAUCAGACCGGGCUGGGUGACCAUCGGCCACGAGCUAACCAACUCUAACUUCAAUGCCGAGUUAUACGCGUCUUACUUCACGGAGGGCCGCGAGAGUACUGGCUGCACUGAGAGGAUCGAGGCGCUCCGGCCCAAGAGCCCUCCCAACACCAGCAAGGGAGCACGACCGAGGGGAAGGGGAGGGUUCAGAGGGAGAGGGAGGGGAAGAGGUGCUCUUUGAGUCUCUUCUAAAGGACGAAAAUGUAGUGUUAGUGAGUUGUUGGCUGGUUAGUGACUAUCGAGGAAGGUAGAAGACGUGAUGAAUGUCAUUAUCAUCUCGAAAAAGCAGUCAUCGUAAGGAUAGUCCUGUUUUCGAGAUUGGGUAGGCUAUGUUGAUAUUUGCAUUUGUUGGUCCUGUUGAAAAGGUUACGAUCCUUUAGAUCUGAACGACAACUUAAAACUAAGUUUAGACUGGGACAAAAGACAUUGUGAUGCCUAAAGGCAUCUCUCUAUAUUGUUCAGACUGGUGUACGGUACAUGGUGUUGCCAUCUGAACUUAGCUUUAAACAUAGACACACGCUUUUCACGAAGGUUUCUUACUUUAUCAACUAAAAUAUGCAGGUAUCUAGAGUGGACUGCAUACUUAUUCAGCUGAAAUGCAGGUAUAUAAUUAUUUUUGUAAGUGAUAGAAUGUUAUAAGAGAUUUGCGUUUACUCGUGACUAUAAGAUGAAACAAAACUGUUAUUUAGAAUUAUCAAACAUUCAAUACCCAAAAUUGCCGCCAAUUUAUCGGCUCGAAGAAUUAUUUUUGGCAGAUUCAUACAGCACCUACAUUUGUUAGGUUUGUGAAUAUCAAAAUUCUUACCGAUGACAUGGACCUAAGUUGAUGCUUAUGAUUAUCAAGAUAUUUAAGUAAUAUUCAAAGCCAUUUAUUUUGGACAACAGAGGUCAUCAACAUUUUGUUAGGUUUUUUUUUGUCCUUAUUCACACAUAAUUCACAACAAAGCUUGUGGUGAAAUUCUUUCUAAAAUUAAUUAUUUCUUGCAUAUACCGAUAGCUAAUUAAUAAAUUGAAUACAGUUCAGGUCAUAAUGUCACUAUCUAAGAUAUUUUCAUAUGAUCCUGCAUUCUUAUUUAGUUUCAGUUUAUUUUGAUACAAACCAACAUAUUCGGCAGGGUGUUUGACUAAUUAUAAUGUACCUAGCUUGUAAGGAUUACAAUGAGUAUUUUGUGUAUCGUGACUUAAUAAACACGUUUUUUCAAC